AUGGAGGGCAAAGACGAGGAGAUAGAAGGACUGUUGGGCGAAAAGCUACCAGCAAGUGAGUCAAAAUGGCGACGCUUAUCUACAAACGCUACGUUAAUCAUAAUAUCAACUCUAAAUAUCAUCAUAUUCUUGAUAUCACUCGUUCUUUUCUCGGCAACAUUAGGCCAUAGGUCCCAACUCAACUUCGAACUACGACAGGCGUCUACUUAUAGCCCCUUCUUCGACAGAUUGGACUUAGAAAUGAGGCCGAGGGCGAUCCAAGGGACACUAUUUCCAGCUAAAGACAGUGCUUCGAUAGCACGGGAGCUUCCAAAUGCUGCGGCAGAUGAGAUGUGGGAAGAAUGGGAAUUAAGUCGUUUCUAUCCCCUGACGCGGGACGAGAUUGUGCGGAUGGGAAAGGACCCGUCGACCGUCCCAAAACUAGAAGACUCCGAGUGGGGGUUAGGCGAUGAUGCUUAUGUCGGCGCCUUCGAUGUAUACCAUCAGAUUCACUGUCUCAAUGCUCUCCGACAGAACGCCUAUCGCGGGUAUUACAAGUUAACAACUCGCAAUCACUCGGUCAUGGGUCUACCAGAGAUUCACAUCAAUCAUUGCGUCGAUAUCCUUCUCCAAGCAUUGCAGUGUAGUGGCAAUGUGAACUUUAUGACAUACCAUUGGGUCGCUGGUCAAGAAUACCCGCAACCCGAUAUGUCGAUUAAUCGGCAAUGCAUUAAUUUUGAGAAACUUACUGCAUUUAGGAAAGAGAAUGGGCUUGACCUCGAAAAGUAUGUCCAAAUAAUGAAAAAGUCGUUACAUCCAGGAGUAAAGGAGAGACAUCAAAGUGAUGCAUACUACUAUUGGUACAAUGAAACGAAUCCUAAUCAUAUUGACGGAGCAAAUCCUGGGGAAGAUUUCAACCUGUAA